AUGAUUUCCGGCCGCCGUCUCGAUUUGGUCUGCCUUACUUGGCUUUCUAUACCCUGUAUCCCAGUCUGCCAGGGCAGCGACUCGGGACGAUUAUCCCUAGCAAAGUUACGGAAGCCACAUAGCUGUCUAGUGCCACAGCAAUUCAUCAUUUCGGUCGCGUGCGAGCCGGCGCAUCUCCCACUGGUCCAAAUCACGCUGGCCGAGCCAAUGUGCGCCAAACCCCAGGAUAUCAGUCAUGGUUCUUCGACGUCUGAGGCGAACCGUUCACCGACAAACCCUCGGUGUUCUCACCGCUCUCAACCUUGUCACUGGUCAUGA